GUUUUAUUGAACACAACGUUUUCUGUAACUUGUCCCUUCACGCCUGGAAACCCACCGGAGACGAGAUUCACGUGGUUCCACGGAAAUACUUCAACAAUCGGAUCUCAUCAGAAUCUUUCGCUGUCGAGUGUGAAGCUCUCAAACAAAGGAUAUUAUAAAUGCAGAGUCAACACCACUAUGGAACCCACGGGAUGUGCCACCCAGGAGGCAUACACAGAAUCAACAUUUUACGUGGAUGUGCAAUAUCCCGCUAACAUAAGACGAUUUUAUGCCGACGGGUCAAAUUUCGCAUCAAGUAUAAUCAUAAGUGAAAGUCAGUCUUUGACGCUUCUCUGUGAUGUUGACAGCGACCCUUUAGCAAAACUACAACUUGUAAAUAAUACGAAAGGUGAUGAGCGCUUAUUAAUGGAUGCCCACAACAACACCAUAUCCGCUCAUUUGUCCAAUGCGCGAUGUGAAUAUGAUAUGGGAGUCUAUCAAUGUAAAGGAAAGAACAUCCAUAAUGCAGUUCAACAGAUUCGCGAACUAGAGAUCAGAAUUACUUGUUCACCAAGACCAUCACCAUUUUCCCCACCAAUUAGCACCAUAUAUAAGAGAAGAAAUUCCUCAGCUGUUUUAACUUUCACUGUCGUUGCCUUUCCAUCACCCAUUGACGCAGCAUAUGUAUGGAGUAAGCAGAUAGAUGGUGAAUGGGCAAUACUUCAAAAUAACAGCAGGUUUCGAAUUCAUAUAUCAAAGGACAGUCUCCAGACAAACCUUUUAAUAUCGCAACUACAAAUUGGCGAUUUCACAAACUAUUCGGUCCGUGCUAACAAUAACUUCGGAUCCACAGAGCAAACAUUUGUCAUUCGAGCCAAUGAGCAGCCGUCUUUGCCACAACGACUUCUUGUCGUCGACGCCUUGGUGACUGAAAGUUCUAUCGCAGUUAGAUGGAUACCUGGAUUUGAUGGGGGAGAAGACCAGUGGUUCGUGAUCGGUUAUAGAAAGGCAGCCGAUGUAGCAUGGACUUACAUAAACGUAUCUUCAACAGAUACUCAACUGAGUAUUGGUAAAUUAGUUGCGGGUACCAAGUAUGAAGUUAAAAUGUAUGCAGAGAAUAUAAUUGGCAAAUCUGAUGAUACUACUAUAUUAAGUGUGACAACACAGACUGUAUUUUCAGAUAACGGAUCCUCUCCAUCUGUUGGGGCUGCAGUAGGCGGUGCUGUAGGCGGAACUCUCGUUGCAGUCAUCUUGGCGGUGCUGUGGAAAUAUAGGAAAGCGUUUAAACGUAAACCUAGUGAAGGUGCUCAUUACGAUGACUUGUUCAAUAGACAAGCCGAUGCCCCUUCUGCCAAUACCAUUUCCGAAUAUGAAGCCUACCGAGUCGAAGCCCAGCAAACAAACCAGUACGAGACACUUGCGGAAACUUCUUUUCAUGAAUAUUCGGUUUUAUCACCGGGUGGAAAACAUGAUUAUAUUGUUAUGAACCGUGUUAAUCAAGUUACUGAAACUGAUCGUGCAAUCGUGAAUCAGGAAAGCGCCUAUGUUAAUUUGUCGUUUUCAGAAACAUAAAUAUCGUUUCAUUUUUUAAUUUGAGUGAUAACGUCAAACAAAAUUUAUAGCGCAAAAUAACACAUUUAACGUUGAUUGAUUAGAAUUGUUAAUGAUUGUUAAUUGUAAGUGAGUGUAGAAUGUACAUUGUAUUAAUACAAGCAAUAUUUGAAUUUAGAUUGUUUAAUAUAUUGUAUUCAUAUUGAAACAUAUAGAGAUACAUUUAAUUGACCAUAAGCAUAUUUAAUUUACCGAUA